CAAAAAUCUCAAUAGAUACAAAUACGCUUUUUUGCGCCCUUCGUUGUGAAGAAGAUAUAAUGUCGGGGGCGUCUCGCUCAUCUGGGACAGAUCAAAGCGCCGACGUGCUGGUCAUAAAGUCGUCGAAAUCACGAACAUCAUAAGUCAUAAGCUCCUGCCGCCCGAGGAAAGAAAACAGAAGUAUGUCGGCGAAUGCGACAGCUACGACUGCAGCGGGCGAGACUGGUGAUGCGACAGCGGCUGAAGCAGAGCCAGGCGGUGUUGCUGAAGACGGUGAAGAUGAAUUCCUUGCGGUUGAUGAAGGUUUUGCAGUUGCUGACGUGAUUCAGCCAGCGGACCCAGAGGAGGAGGAUGCUGAGGACCAAGCGCAAGACAACGAUGUGGAGGACAACCCUGGUGAGGAAGGAGAACUUCAAGCUGAGACCGCUCUAGAAGAAGUUCAAGUAUUUCAUCAUCAAGAAGACGAGGAGGAACAGGGCGACCAACUACAGGAGCCCUUGCUUCUGCAGGAUGAUUUUGACGAAGACGGAGAGGAGGCACCGGAAGACCAUGACAUGGACGACGAGGCCGUGGAAAAAGAACAAGCGGAGAUCGACCAGGAAAACGAAAACGUUGAAGAUCGUGAAGGCGAUGAAAUCCACGACAACGCUGACGCCGAGGCCGACCCGAACCUCGACGGAAAUAAAAACCAAGAAGAUCUUCAAGACGAAGAUUCGUCAUCCGUCGGCGACUACGAACACGUGGAGCCCUUUCACCACCAUUCUGUCAAACACGUAGACCACGACCACUUUUCGUCGGGGGCUGAAGAUGAAGCUGUAGAGCAAAAUGCAAUGCGGCACGAAAGGGAAAAUAACACAGCAGGUGGGACCACGAGUAGGAACCGCGACGACAACGACGACAGAAGUGCGAAAAAGAUCAGAACGAAUGGCGUUGAAGAAACAGGAAAAAAAGCUGCUCCUGCUGGUAUCCCUCGCGCACGGGUUUCUUCAGGAGCUGCAGCAACAUCGAGUGAAAAUAGGGAUCGACGUACGGAACAACGCAAAUUAUCCGCACUGAGGAUUCUACAGGAACACGCCGAGAUGGAACAGCAGCGAAUUAUGGACACGGAGAGAGAACAUCAAGACGAGGAUGGAAUAAAGGUAGUUCGAGGUACUGAAAACAAACAACCACGGGGUCAAGAAACCGAAGCCGCCAAGAAGAGCAGAAGAAGCUCCUAUAAUCAAUUGCAGUACCGUGGUCAAGAAACCGAAGCAGCAGUCCCCGACGAUCACGCGACAACCCUGGUUGACUUCCAGGUGCACGAUGUGGUCGAGUUGAAAGACGGUUCGGGGACUCCCAUCGACUUGGAGAAACAGCCCGUUUCCGUGCAGGUUUUUUUCGGGCAGGCGAAGCCCAUUCGCGCGGUCGCGAUUAACAAGCUGCAGCUGAAAGGCAAAAAGAACAACCGCGUCGACCCGCUUCGGUGCACCAUCCACGAGCCUCUUCCCGCGGUAGUGACGGUGCAAGUCUCCUGCGCCGAGUACCUUUUAGUGGUCGAAGACACGGAGGUAAAGGAAGUCGGCAGCUGCAUCGUCCCGCUUUUCGGCGGGAGCCGCGGGAGGAACACGUUCUUCGGCGGGAUGAACAGGGUAGAAGAUCAAGAGGAAAGAACUACGAGAACGUCGUUGAACAAUUUCUACGGCACGUUGCCCAUCAUUGACCCGGUCGAAGGGUUGGAGGUAGGGAAACUGUUGCUGUCCUGGGAGUUCUUCAGCAGCACAGAUGAAAGAACAAGUGCUUUUUCUGAAGUACGCCGCACGAGCACAAGUAGAACUUCGACUUCCAGCCGGGAAAUGACAAAAAGAACUGUGCGAAUCAAAGCGUUGAAGCGUCUGGUUGGCAGGAGGAUACGCCAGUUGCUAGACGUGAGGCAGUUGCGCGUGGAGCUGAAGGAAGUCCGCCACCGGCGGGCGGAGGCGAGCUGGCAGGAGGAAGCGGAUGAAAAGGAACACAGGAGAAGAAGUAGGAGCGCAAGAAAUUAUAGCGGUAAAAAGAAGAAACAACAAGGCGGAACGAACACGGCAAAUGUUGACGUGAAUGGCGAAGAGGGAAGCGACUUCUACGAGGGCGACGAAUCUACCUCAAAUACUCAGCGUAUUUCCGAAAUUCCGAUCCAAGAGGACGAUGAAGAAAACGAACAACAGGAUGGCCGCGGUUUUGGGAAUUUGGUUUUCCCCCCCACAAAUGCGAGCUCAGCUUCAUCUGCUGCCGGAGGUUCCUCUCGUAGAAAUACACCUGCUGCGCCUUCUCUUCUCCAAAGACUUUUCCCUGCGGUCUUCAUUGCAGAGCAGCCAUACGCAAAUUGCAAUCUUUGAUGAAUUUGGUGCCCCGCCUCUGCACAGAGAUCGAAGUUUGAGUUUGUCAUGAUACAGGAGCAGCACCAUGACCAUCGCACAAAUAAGGCAAAGCCUUCUCGAGAAGUGGAAGUGCCAACUUCCUCUUGUCAUCCUUGUCGAAGCUGCAAGCAGUGCGGCUCAUCUUGCCCAGCUGGCGCUUGUUUUGCCAGCAGUGCAGCAGUGGUUGAUAUGAUUCUCUCUAUGUAAGUAGUUCCUUUUAGUUUUGUGCAAUACAACUUUGGAAUUCCUGAACGACCGAGGUGGGGACCACUGAUAUCAUGAUUGUAUUCCAUAAACUCCAUGCGGUUUACACGGCCGAGAAGCAGUUUGAACGGAUGUACACCACGGAGAUGCAGCUGAAAAACACACUGCGCCCGUUCUGCUUCGUGUCUCUAGUGAGUUAUGCAUAUGCAAAAGUAUCGUAUUAGUAUGAAUUGCAAUACAAAUUGGCUUAGCAUGACAAAUGCAAUUUGUCAUGCUGUUCUACCUUGGGAUGCGGAUGGAGAUUUGUAAUGCAUGACUGCGAUUACUACGAGUGCGAUGCUUUUGCACAGGAUAUGAGUUCCGGAGCAGCAACUACAGGAGCUCCUCCCGCUGGAGGCACCACCAGCGCAAGGACGGUAACUGGUGGCGUAGUAGUUGGAGCUGCAAGCAACCAGCACCUGCCCACCUCGAGUCUGCAGUCCUUCACCACGCCACUGUGUACACACCGGGCCUCCACCGAAUUGCUGCGGCUCGACCAGUAUGCACUGCAAAAUUAUCGUACUAGUAUAAAUUGCAUUACAAAUUUUCUCAAGAACAAAAAUGCAAUUUGUCAUGCUAUUUCAGGUAGAAAGUUGGAUUUGUCAUGCAUAUCUUCGAUUAGUACGAGAACGAUACUUUUGCACAGGAUAGCCAGUUUCUCUCCGCGAACCAGUCGUACGGCACGGAUAGUUUGCUGAACCGCGCGACCGUGAUAUGCAUUGCAAAUAUGUCUGGGUCUGGAAGAGUACAACUUGUCAUGCUAAAUCUGAAUCAUACGAAAAUCUGCGUUGCAUGAUUAGCAAUACAGCUGUUCACUUUUGAGAAGGCCGAGAGGCAGUUUCUCAUGCGGGGGCGGCAUGGUAAAGAUCUCACAGAAUCUGGGAUGCUAGGACAUGCAUCACAGACCUCACGCGUCAUGCAAAACGUGCAUGACAAACGUUGCACUUUUUCAGAUCCAGACAUAUUUGCAUUUGAUACGUGAACGCGUACGACAUUUUUACCGAGCUCUCCACUGCCUUCGAAGUCAAGCAGGUUUUCGCUACGGGGCUCGGGUUCGGGAAGGACAAAAAAAAAGCGAUCACCGAGCUGAACGAGGGCCAAAAAGAGUCUACACUACAUAUCAAAUGCAAAAAUAUCUGGGUCUGGAAUGUUGCCAGGUUUGUCAUGCAUAUGUUGCAUGACGAUGACUCCUGACGUCUGUGAUGGAUGCCCUAGCAUCACAGAGACAGAUUUUGUGAGGGCUUUCUGAUGCCUAUGCCGCAUGAGAAAUGCCCUCUCGCCGGGGCAAAAACUGGACCGCUUUUGCUGUUCAUGCAAUACAGAUUUUUAUAGCAUCCAAAUCCAGCAUCACAAGUUCGCAUCCUUCCAGACCCAGACAUUUUUGCAUUUGAUACUACAGGUCACGCGCAGCUCGCACGAGGGGUUUUUCGCGAAAUUGCUGUACCGCAAGUGGUUCACGCAGGAGAGCGACCUGGUGUUGCAAUUUAAGCACUGCCGCUCCACGUUUUUUCUCCGAGGACAAGCAGGAGGCGGUUCUUUCGGCGAUGGUCACGACCACCUGCUGAGUCCUCUUCGUGGAACGAGGAGUAGCGACUCUUCCUGUUACAAGGUGAGGGUGUCCGUUUACCACGACAAAAUGAUUAUCGGAGAGCCCGCGGAGAUCGCUUUCGGCUUUUUGGACGUCGAUGAGUUCUUGGCAGACUGUGUUUUGACGUUGCACUUGCAGCAACUGCCAACACGAAAGCUGCAGAACACGACCCUUCCGACGCGACAACGAGGAGAACGUGAACGAAGAGCGCCAGUAGAGCAAAGUCAAACACGACAGGACAAGGCAGGGGCUAUGAUCACUACCGGGCACCGGGACGAACAAGAACGCCAGCUGGAAGAGUUGGAGAGUCUCUGGUCGCAACUUCUGUAUUGCGGAGAUGAAAUCCAAAUUAUGGAGACUGCUGCUGCGGCAGCAACAGCAUCCUCAUCGUCGGCGGCCGCAGACGAGAUCAUAAAAACUGCAGCUGCUGAACACGACGAGCACCACCAGGCCCGAAGACAUCAAGUAGAAGACAAAAUAUCGAAGCUGCUCAGCCGAGCUUUCGACCUUCCCAAUGUGGAGAUUCCCCUGUAUUCCGCGUUCAACGUGCAAAAGAAAGUCGGGAAAGCAGUGCUGCACGUGACGCACGUACGGCCGGAGACCUUUGUGCCCCCGGAGAAGUUUUCCUACCAUCGGGAAUUGAAGGCGCGGGAGAAAGAGGGCGACGGGCGGAAAAGGCUGCGGGCGGGAGGCGGCUUGAUUUCUAGUUCCAGUAGUGCAGCAGGAGGAGCUCCCGUGAAGAUGGACUUCUACAGGGCGUCUGCAGAAGAACGCGCGUGGUCGCGGGAUGAUGUAGUUAUGGGAAAUGAAGUAAACGCAGUCUUCUAUAAGGAGCAUCAGAGGACCUCCGCGCUAGAAGAAGCGACCGCGCUAGCACACUCGGUUGUAACACCUAUACCCCAAGACCUUCUCACAGCGUGGCAGGACUGGGACCGGUUGAAUGUGGAGAGUUUAACGAUGCACGCGUGUUGCGAUGAACACAGGCAGGAACUCGCACGAAGGUAUUUUUAUCGUGCAACAUCCACAGCUUCCUCGUCGAGAGGCCGCAGCGGUAGCAGAAACAAAGCACCUUUUCGCUGUGCGAAUUGCGAAGGAGAAAUAUUUCAUCCUGGCGUGGUGGCUGCGUGUGCUGGUCGUGCUGGUAAGGAAAAGGACGCGCAAGGCAGCAGCUUCUCCCCCUCUCUUCUGUGUCUCUCCUGCAUCGAAGAUUUUCAGGCGUGUCUGGUCUGCGGCGAGGAAUUUGUCCUCGGCUCCGGCACGGGCGGGGAGGGGGAUAACACGGUGACCGGCGGGCCAGAAGCCGUCAAGGUGAUUCGGAAAAAGCGGGACGCGCUUGUGGAAAAAUCGCUUGGAGGUUCUUUGUUCUACAAGAACGGUAGAAAAAAUAGUACCUUUCCGCCCCUGCAAGCCCAAGGUCGCACCAUUUCUUCCCCGCUCCUGUCCUACCACCUUCGCGUCGUUUUUGCGAAGUUCGUUUUUGCGAGUGCGGUCGAAAAAUUUUUGCGGAACGUGGCGCACGAGUCCGAUCUGCCAGUGGAAAGUAGGAAGAGUUUGGGUUUGCUGUGCAGAAGUCUGUUCCUGGGUUUGGAAUUGGACGAGCCGGAGCAAGUGGGACAGGAACUACUUCUAUCCGAGCAAGGGCAGGACCAUGUUCAUAGUGAACGGCGAGCAGGGCAAGAACUUCACUUACGAACGGACAAUACAGAUGCGAACAAAGCGUCCUCGUCUACUAGGAAGAUGGCCCUGGAGCUGCUCCCAAGAAGCACAGCUCCCGGUCGGGGAUUGUUCCAAGAUGUUGAUCACGUCCUCGCCGACGAUGAUCCUGGCCUGGCAGUGCUCCGGAAGAUCGCCAAUACCCCGGCCGCAUUGCAGGCAAAUCCCGGGCUGCUCCUGUUGCCUUUUACGUCGGCGAGUUGUGCGCAGAGGUUGGUAAGUCUCAUGGAGGCGUAUUCGGAUACUUUGACGACAGUGUUCUUGUACAAGAACGUGGCUGAUAAAGGAGGCCGCGGUGAUGUUGAAAAAGCGAGUGCGACAUCGUCCGGUGAGCUGCAGGAGCAGCCUAAUGCUGGUCAAGGUCAUCCUCGUCCCACAGUUGGUGUUGAAGAAAAGGACAGCGACGUGUCUUCGAAUUCAAGAAACUUAGUGGUCGAGGACCAGCACAGAGAAGCUGCUUUUCAAGCAACAACCCCCGCCGCCCUCGUGCUCCUCUCUCUCGCCGCGAUUUUGCAGCUCGCUCUCGCUGGCGGAACCCGAAGAAGCCGGAGCAAUUCCCGACGUAGUGGACCCAAGAAAUUGAUCAAAGUGUCGUCGAGUCCCACCAUCUCUACUUCUGUCGCCGGAACAAAACUUGUCGACUUCGAGGGGAUGGCGGGGACGUUGAGUUUGCUCUUUAGUUUAUUAUCGCAGCUGCGAGGAGAUGCUAACGCUGCCGCUGAAAAUCGAAAUCCGCCCACGAGUUUUUCCGACUUUCAUUCUAUCACCGGAGACGAUUUGAGGGACCUGGUGGCGACAAUCGGUGAUGUUGUGGAGGAGCGCCAUAGGGAAGAUGUUUCUGACAGGACAGUUUUCGAGAAUUAUUUCCCCUCCGCUUCCCUGUCCACGCUGUUCAAGACGAAGUCGGUUCGGUUGGGCUCGAAACCACCACCAGCAGCACUGCGAAAUAAGGAUGACGAGGCUGGCAGUACUGCUAGGUUCUUCGGAGGCGCUUCUUCUCCUGGUUCCUCUGCCGGUGACGAGGAGGAGGAUCAUCACAUCAACACGGCCGCCGCGGAACACGAAGGAACGCCAGGUCCUCCCGAAGUUGUAGAUGCCGCCCAGGACAACUUGCACUACCUUACUCUCCGCGACCAGGUGAAGUUGUAUUUCGACCCGACCUCGUUGAUUCAGCUCCCGGAAUCUUCAAGCGCAUUCUCUGUGUUGAAGCCCGAGCGGCUCGCGACGCUGGACACGAUAUGACGAGAAAAAAGUGUAUACAGUUACACAUUUGUUUGAGUUUCUGCAUCACAAAUUUUCUCUGUGUGGCAGAGAAAACUUGUAAUGCGAAGAUCAUACGGGAAAACAGGAAGGAAACGAGGCUCCCAAGCAUUUCCUGCAUGAGAAAGGUUGUCUGCGUUGCCGGUCUUGCAACACAAUGUGUAACUGUAACACUUUUUUCCUGUCAUACACGAAGCCGUGGAAGUACUACGCAAUCACCGUGGGCAUCGGUCUCUUCGCCGGGUUAUGAACUGCAAAUAUGUCUGGGUCUUGAAGAGUCGGGGCUUGUCAUGCACAUUUUGCAUGACCCAUCAGGUCUGUGAUGCUGGUGCUAGCAUCACAGAUUUUUUGAGAGCUUCUUGAUGCUAAUUACGCACGACAAAUGCCCUCUCCGCGUGCCAAGAACUGACUCCUCUUACUGCUCACGCAACACAGAUACUUUUAGAAUCCGCAGACAGCAUUACAAGUCCCACUCUUCCAGACCCAGACAUUUUUACAUUUGAUACGGGUUCGCCCUGGCGACGUCCGUGGCCGGGACGGCACAGAUGCUGCAUUUGGUGUUGGAAAACGUGAUUUGCAAAGACCAUGCCUGGUACGAACUCGCAUCUACCUCUGCGACUGAUCUUGGGGGGGCCGCUGCAAGUACCACUACCAACAAGAUUGCAAGCACGGUUUCCGAUGUUGCGCAGGCCUUACCCCCCGGGACUAACCUGAUGCUGCAAACGACGAAUAAAUUGCAGAGCUACCUGUUUCAUUACCUCUUCGCGGUCCCCGUGCGGUUUCUGUUCAAAACAGUUUUGUGCAACACGGCCAGAGCGCUGCGCGUUGAGAAGUUGCUGGACUUUGUCGGCAGUGGCGAGCUGUAUGUGGUGCUGUUUGUGCUGUAUGGGCUCAUGAAUUACAACCAGGCGAGCCAGUCUCUGACCAUCCGCUGGGGCGAGGUGCGGGAAAUCGCCUUGGAUAUUGUGCAGAUGAUGCGCAGCUCUUGUCCGAAGGGCAGCAGUUUUGGGGGCGAUUAUGUCGUAGGUGGAGGUGGUCUCAUCGGUGGGGGUCUUGAUGAGGAUGAUGAAAGAUACGGUGUCACUAUCGGCACUAGUGGGGACGACAAGACCGUUGUAGUUCAUGAGCACGAGGACACCAACCCAGCACAAGAACAUAGUCAUCUUCAAGAGC